CGUCAAGAUGGUAAAUGGAGUCAAAGGCGUUUAUAAUUCCCACCUGAGCUUGUGAGUUUAUUUACUCCUCUACUUCCUUCCUCUAUUCCACCGCAUAUUCCAGACCCUCCAAUCGCGUAGAAAAUAGACUACUACUUCUACUAUUUUCCUCUACCCACCAUCUCGCCUUUAACGCUCUUGAGCGCGGAGAAGCUGGAGUACAUACUGACCUGGACUAGGGCCGCUGAAGCCGCCCCCGAACGUGAAGAGGAGAAGGCCGCGGCCAAGGAUCAGCAACCCGGGAGCGAGAUGGACAGCAUCCAGGGCAGCUCGGCCGUGUUCGUCGCUAACGGGGCGCCUCGUUCGGAUGAUGGGACCCACGGCAGCGUUCGUCAGUCCGUGGAGGACAUCGGUGCCAUGAGCCUGGUGAUCGAACCCGACUGGAAGCCGGCGUACAUCCGCCGCCUUACCAACGUCGACCGGGACCUCAUCGCGGACAUCCCGUUCCGUAACGAGAGCUUCAGCGAGAAGUUCAUCCACCUGAUGCUCCGGGGCAAGGAGGUCAGCCCUGGGAUGUACCUCUGCGAUGCGAGCGGCAUCAUCCCCACCCGCUUCUAUUACGUGUUCGACGCGAAGGUGGAGCCGUACCUCCCCAAGAAUCCCGGCACCCACGGCGCCAAGCUCUCUGCGUUCUUCAAUACGGACAUCUACAUCGUCGACAACCCGUACGACAACGUCGCGCUGUUCAUCAAGCAGAGCGACGACCUCCAUUACUUCGGGCAGUACAACCAGCCCCGCAACUCCGACCGCCUAGGCUACGACACCCAAUGCGAGCGCGUCCCCGACCACGUCAAGAUGUACUGGGCGCAGAAGCUAGCAGACCCGCACCGCGCCGCGUGGCUCAAGGCGGAGAUGAUGAAGCAUUUCUGUCCGGAGAUGCGCUACAACGGGCGGCUGCCGGCAGGGAAGACGGUGACGCCGGGCGGCACGGUGCUCUCCGAGGUUGACAUAGAAGCGGAGAAGGAGCGGUACUGGGCGAAGGCAAAGCAUGAGCUCUUCAACUUCGCUCGUCGUGUGCGUAGCUGGAAGGAGGAGGCCGAGAUGGAGGUGUUCACCACCACGGUGGAGAAGAUGCUCCUUGCUUUCGAGGCGACCGACGCUGACGAGACCCCGGCCCUUCGGCUCUGGUGGGAGUACUUGGUCUGCACUGGCUGGGACGCGGGGGUGUACCAGCGCCUCUGGGAUCUCAAG